CGCCAGACAAACACCUGCUCCCCCCGCCUGAGAUGCUAUAGGGAUGCUGCCGGGGGGGAAUGGCGACCGUACGAAUAUGCCUCUGCGGUGACGAUGGCGUCGGCAAGAGCUCCAUCAUCACCUCGCUGGUCAAGGAUGUCUUUGUCACAGCCAAGAUACAGCCCGUCCUGCCCCAGGUGACGCUGCCGCCCACGCUCGGCACCCCCGACAAUGUCACCACCACCAUUGUCGACACCUCGGCCCUCCCCCACGAACGCCAUGCCCUCCGCAUGGAGCUCCGCAAGUCCAACGUCAUUCUGCUCGUAUACUCGGACCACUACAGCUAUGAGCGCGUCGCCCUGUUCUGGAUGCCCUACUUCCGCUCGCUCGGCGUCAACGUGCCCGUCGUGCUCUGCGCCAACAAGUCGGACCUGGCCUCCAACGGCACCACGUCGCAGGUCGUUUCCGAGGAGAUGCUGCCCAUCAUGAACGAGUUCAAGGAGAUUGACUCGUGCAUCCGCGUGAGCGCCAAGGAGCACCACAACAUCAACGAGGUCUUCUUCCUCUGCCAAAAGGCAGUCACACACCCCAUCGCCCCGCUGUACGACUCCAAGGAAAACAUGCUCAAGCCCGCCGCCGUAUCUGCGCUUCAGCGUGUCUUCCACCUCUGCGACACCGACAAGGAUGGCUACUGGAACGACCAGGAGAUCCACGACUUCCAGAUCAAGUGCUUCGAGAAGCCGCUGGGCGACGACGAUCUGGCAAACAUCAAAAAGUCCAUGGAGCGGUUUGCCCCUGGGGCGACUGGCGAGUACGGCAUGGACGAGAAGGGCUUCUUGCUCCUGAACAAGAUUUUUGCAGAAAAGGGGCGGCACGAAACCAUCUGGAUUAUCUUGAGAAAGUUCCACUACACAGACAGUCUGAGUCUGCAAGACACAUUCCUGCACCCCAAGUUUGAGGUGCCCCAGUUCUCCUCGGCCGAGCUCAGUCCUUCUGGAUACCGAUUCUUUGUCGACUUGUUUCUCAAGUUCGACAUGGACAAUGACGGCGGCCUGAACGACCGAGAGCUAGCCAAUCUAUUCGCGCCCACGCCGGGCAUGCCGCCAUCGUGGGUCGAUUCUGCAUUCCCGUCGUGCACCGUUCGCAACGAGGCAGGCUACAUCACACUGCAAGGAUGGCUGGCCCAGUGGAGCAUGACUACAUUCGAAGAGCCCAAGACGACAUUGGCAUACCUUGCCUAUCUGGGCUUCGAGAGCGGCGAUCGCGGGGGGACCACGAGCGCACUGAAGGUGACCAAGGCCAGGAAGCGGCGGAAGAAGCCCGGGCGGGUCGAGCGCAAUGUGUUCCUCUGCUACGUACUCGGCUCGAGUGGAAGCGGAAAGAGCUCGCUGCUCUCUGCUUUCCUGCAGCGCCCAUUCAGCCCAACCUACCACCCCACAAUCAAGCCGCGGUCGGCUGUCAACAGCGUGGAGCUCAAGGGGGGCAAGCAAUGCUACUUGAUCCUCGAGGAGCUUGGCGAGCUGGAACCAGCCAUCUUGGAGAACCAGGCCAAGCUAGAUGCGUGUGACCUGCUGUGCUACACGUACGAUUCGAGCGACCCGACAAGCUUUGCGCACAUUGUCGAGCUGCGCAACAAGUACCCCCAUCUGGACCAGCUGCCAGCCGUGUACACGGCACUAAAGGCCGACCAGGACAAGACGAUGCAGCGCUGCGAGCACCAGCCGGACGAGUACACGAGCGCGCUGCGAAUGGCGCCGCCGCUCCAUGUCAGCGCCAAAUGGAACAGCAUCUCGGAGCUGUUUGUUCAUCUGGCCGAGAGCGCGACGCACCCGUCGACGGCGUUUCCCAAGCAGGAGGAGGACGAGUACGACUACGUCAACGUUUUGCUAGCGUUGGGCGCCGUCACGUGCGCAGUGGCUUCGGCCAUUUUCAUCUGGCGACGGAACAGCGGCGGGUCUUGAAGAAAUGAAGGGAGUGAAACGCGGCUGAAGGGGUCGCGCGCGCGUGUAGAUGAAUAAUAGCAUAGCGUCUGUACAUGAAUAGACAACCAGUCCCCGGUGUGCAUGCUGGCUGUGCGCCACAGUCCAAGUCUCUCCUGUGACGGGCGUAGAUUGGGCUGGCAGGUCAGCGCUUAAGCAGGCCAUGGCAUGCCAUGUCAUGGGCGUGUCGUCGCG